AAAAUAAACUUGACCAAAUACUGAACCUGUCAGUCUUUAAAAAUAAUUUUUUUAAAUUUCUAACUAUUUUUAAUGACUUUCAUUUAGACGUAAUAUCAAAAUAAAAUACAUAAAAAUGUCUACAACAAAUAGAAAACGUAGUAGAGCUUUAUUCGACGAUGACAGCUUAGAAUUUAUGCCAUUAUCAAAGCGAAUAAAUAAUUUACAUAUUAAUUCAACAAUACCAGGGAAUUUACCAAAUAAUAGUCAACCAAUUGAACAAUGGGGACCUGGUCCACCAGCACAGCCACAGUAUCAACCCGAAUUAAGUGUAAAUCAGAAUCCUUAUUAUUAUACGACUAACAAAUUAUUAUUUGAUUUGUAUAUUGAGCGUAUGAAUCGAAAUGGCCAUCAAUUCUAGCGAGCAUUUAAGUUUUUUAAAUAAGUAUUUUUUUACAUAGUUAUUCAUAUCAGUUAUUAUUAUUCUUCAUUUUGAAGAUCGUUUUAAAAUUACCUAUUAUAUACAAUUAUUAAGUCUAUUUAUUGAUAUACUACACCAAUCGAUUGCAUUUUAAAAUAUGUAACAAAGAAGUUCGAUA